AGGAGCAAUUUGGAACAUCUCUCUUUGGUUGUCGGAACAUUUAGCUGACGGGCAAGAUGUUGGGCUCCAAGAACGUGCCCUGGCGGCGGCUGCAGGGCAUUUCCUUCGGGAUGUAUUCGGCUGAAGAGCUCAAGAAAUUAAGUGUUAAGUCCAUUACAAACCCUCGGUACUUGGAUAGCCUGGGGAACCCAUCGGCGAAUGGCCUGUAUGAUCUAGCGCUGGGCCCUGCAGAUGCCAAGGAGGUGUGCUCCACCUGUGUGCAGGAUUUCAACAACUGUUCUGGUCACCUGGGCCACAUUGAUCUCCCACUCACGGUGUACAACCCUCUCCUUUUCGAUAAACUCUACUUGCUGCUCCGUGGCUCCUGUUUAAACUGUCACAUGCUCACCUGCCCCCGGGCUGUGAUUCACCUCUUAGUCUCUCAGCUGAAAGUUCUGGAAGUUGGGGUCCUGCAAGCAGUCUACGAGCUGGAGCACAUCCUGAGCAGGUUUCUAGAAGAAAACCCUGGUGCUUCUGCCUUUGAAAUUCAGGAAGAGUUAGAACAAUACACAACCCAGACCGUACAGAACAACCUGUUGGGGUCCCAGGGAGCACAUGUGAAGAAUGUGUGUGAGAGCAGGAGCCAGCUCAUCGCGUCCUUCUGGAAGGCGCACAUGAGCGCUAAGCGAUGCCCCCACUGCAAGACUGGGCGCUCCGUCAUCCGCAAGGAGCACAACAGCAAACUGACCGUCACGUAUCCAGCCGUGGUGCACAAGAAGAGCGGCCAGGAGAGCACCAAGACCCCGGAGAUCGAGGAGGCUCAGCUGGGAAAGCGAGGGUACCUGACGCCCAACAGCGCCCGAGAACACCUCACCGCACUCUGGGAGAACGAAGGGUUCUUCCUGAACUACCUCUUCUGGGGACUGGAGGACAUUGGCAUGGAGUCCAGAUUCAAUCCCAGCACGUUCUUUCUGGAUUUCCUGGUGGUGCCGCCCUCCAGGUACCGCCCUGUCAACCGCCUGGGGGACCAGAUGUUUACCAACGGCCAGACGGUGAACCUGCAGGCUGUCAUGAAGGACAUUGUUCUGAUCCGGAAGCUUCUGGCACUGAUGGCCCAAGACCAGAAGCUGCCGUGCGAGGUGGCUGCACCAUGCGAGGAGGACAAAGACUCCUCGGCGCCUGUGGACCGCUCCUUUCUAAGCACACUUCCGGGCCAGACGCUCACAGACAAGCUGUACAACAUCUGGAUCCGCCUUCAGAGCCACGUCAACAUUGUGUUUGAUAGCGAGAUGGACAAGUUAAUGAUGGAGAAGUACCCUGGCAUCCGACAGAUCUUGGAGAAGAAGGACGGCCUCUUCCGGAAGCACAUGAUGGGGAAGCGCGUGGACUACGCAGCCCGCUCGGUCAUCUGCCCGGACAUGUACAUCAGCACCAACGAGAUUGGGAUUCCCAUGGUGUUUGCCACAAAACUGACCUACCCACAGCCAGUGACCCCAUGGAACGUGCAGGAACUGAGGCAGGCGGUCAUCAAUGGCCCCAACGUGCACCCAGGGGCCUCCAUGGUGGUCAACGAGGACGGCAGCCGCACUGCCCUGAGUGCCUCCGACCUCAGCCAGCGAGAAGCCGUGGCCAAGCAGCUCCUGACACCUGCCACGGGGGCGCCGAAGCCCCAGGGGACGAAAAUUGUGUGCCGGCACGUGAAGAACGGGGACAUUCUCCUCCUGAACCGGCAGCCCACCCUGCACAGGCCCUCCAUCCAGGCCCACCACGCCCGGAUCCUGCCUGAAGAGAAAGUCUUACGGCUUCACUAUGCCAACUGCAAGGCCUACAACGCCGACUUUGACGGAGACGAGAUGAACGCCCACUUCCCGCAGAGCGAGCUGGGCCGGGCGGAGGCUUGCGUCCUGGCUUGCACCGAUCAGCAGUACCUGGUUCCCAAGGAUGGCCAGCCGUUGGCAGGCUUGAUCCAGGAUCACAUGGUCUCAGGUGCGAGCAUGACCACUCGGGGCUGUUUCUUCGCCCGGGAGCAGUACAUGGAGCUGGUGUACCGAGGACUCACAGACAAAGUGGGGCGGGUGAAGACCUUCCCCCCUGCCAUCCUGAAGCCCCGUCCACUGUGGACAGGAAAGCAGGUUGUGUCCACACUGCUGAUAAACAUAAUUCCCAAAGACUACACCCCACUGAAUUUGGCGGGAAAGGCGAAGAUUGGCGGGAAAGCCUGGGUAAAGGAAUCUCCUCGGCCGGUUCCGGGAUUCAACCCCGACUCUAUGUGCGAGUCCCAGGUGAUCAUCAGGGGCGGGGAGCUGCUCUGCGGGGUUCUGGACAAGGCACACUACGGGAGCUCGGCCUAUGGCUUGGUGCACUGCUGCUACGAGAUCUACGGGGGCGAGACCAGCGGCAAGGUCCUCACCUGCCUGGCCCGCCUCUUCACUGCCUACCUGCAGCUCUACCGAGGCUUCACCUUGGACGUCGAAGACAUUUUGGUUAAGCCCAAGGCUGACGUCAAGAGACAUAGUAUCAUUGAAGAGUCUACCCACUGUGGGUCCCGGGCCGUGCGGGCUGCGUUAAACCUGCCAGAUGCUGCAUCGUGUGAGGACAUCCGAGGGAAGUGGCAGGAUGCUCAUCUGGGCAAGGACCAGCGGGAUUUUAACAUGGUUGAUCUGAAGUUCAAGGAGGAAGUGAACCAUUACAGCAACGAGAUUAACAAGGCAUGCAUGCCAUUUGGCCUACACAGGCAGUUCCCUGAGAACAACCUGCAGUUGAUGGUGCAGUCUGGAGCCAAGGGAUCCACGGUGAACACAAUGCAGAUCUCCUGCCUACUCGGCCAGAUCGAAUUGGAAGGCCGGAGGCCCCCGCUGAUGGCGUCUGGGAAGUCACUGCCCUGCUUCGAGCCAUAUGAAUUCACUCCCAGGGCUGGUGGCUUUGUCACCGGCAGGUUCCUCACCGGCAUCCGGCCUCCUGAGUUCUUCUUCCACUGCAUGGCGGGGCGGGAAGGCCUGGUGGACACUGCCGUGAAAACCAGCCGCUCUGGCUACCUCCAGAGGUGCAUCAUCAAGCACCUGGAAGGCCUGGUGGUCCAGUAUGACCUGACGGUCCGCGACAGUGACGGCAGCGUGGUGCAGUUCCUCUACGGGGAGGACGGCCUGGACAUCCCCCGGACACAGUUCUUGCAACCCAAGCAGUUCCCCUUCCUCGCCAGCAACCACGAGGUGAUAAUGAAAUCAAAACACCUCCACGAGGUCUUAUCCAGAGCAGCUCCCAAGAAAGCACUGCGCCACUUCAGGGCCAUCAAAAAGUGGCAGCAGAAGCACCCCGACACCCUGCUGAGAAAGAGCGCCUUCCUGAGCUUCUCGCAGAGCGCGCAGGCCGCCGAGAGGGCCCUGAACCUGGGAGGUGGGAACAAGAACGGCCGCAGCCCUGCCACCCACGAGGUGCUGAGGCUGUGGUCCGAGUUGGACGAGCAGAGCCGGAGGAAGUACCAGAAGAAGGCAGCCCCCUGUCCUGACCCCAGUCUGUCCGUGUGGCGCCCGGACAUCUACUUUGCGUCGGUGUCAGAGACGUUCGAACAGAAGAUUGACAACUACAGUCGAGAGUGGGCCUCUCUCGCAGGGAAGAGUGGUGAGAGAUCGGAGCUUUCUCUCGACAGGCUGAGGACCCUGCUGCAGUUGAAGUGGCAGCGCUCCCUGUGUGACCCAGGGGAGGCUGUGGGCUUGCUGGCCGCCCAGAGCAUCGGGGAGCCCUCCACUCAGAUGACCCUGAACACCUUCCACUUCGCUGGCAGAGGCGAGAUGAACGUCACGCUGGGUAUCCCAAGGCUGAGAGAGAUCCUCAUGGUGGCCAGCGCCAACAUCAAGACGCCCAUGAUGAGGGUGCCUGUGCUCAACACCAAGCGAGCCCUGAAGAGGGUGAAGAGCCUGAAGAAGCAGCUGACCAGGGUGUGCUUAGGGGAGGUGCUGCAGAAGAUUGACGUGCAGGAGUGCUUCCGUAUGCACACCAGGCAGGAGAAGAGCCGCGUUUACCAGCUGCGCUUUCAGUUCCUGCCACGGGCCUGCUACCAGCAGGAGAAGUGCCUGAGGCCCACAGACAUCCUGCACUUCAUGGAGACCAGGUUUUUUAAGCUGCUGAUGGAAGCCAUCAAGAAGAAGAAUAACAAAGCGUCUGCCUUCCGGAGCGUGAACACUCGGAGAGCUACCCAGCGGGACCUAGACCACUCCGGGGAGUCGGGGGGCAGUCGGGAGCAGGAAGACAAUGAGGACGAGGAGGGGCGCAUUGUAGACGCUGAAGCCGAGGAAGGGGACGCCGAUGCCUCGGACGCCAGGCUCAAGGAGAAGCAGGAGGAGGAGGUGGAUUACGAGAGCGAGGAGGAGCAGGAGGAGGACAAGGACGGGGAGGACGAGGAUGAGGACACGCUGCAGGAGGAAGGGAGCGGCCCUGGCGAAGGCUCCCAAGAGGGGGCCGCAGAGGUGGGCUUCAGCCCCGAGGACGCAGCCCCAGCGAGGCCUUGGCAGCCCACCCCGGGCCAGGGCACCGAGGCCUGCGAGCGCCGCAUCCAGGCCGUGCGCGAGGCCCACCCGUUCGUGGAAGACUACAAGUACGACACGGAGGAGGGCCUGUGGUGCGAGGUGACGGUGAAGCUGCCCCUGAUGAAGGUCAGCUUUGACAUGAGCUCCCUGGUCGUGUCCUUGGCCCACGAAGCCGUGGUCUACACGACCAAGGGCAUCACCCGCUGCCUCCUGAACGAAACAACCAACAAGGAGAACGAGAGGGAGCUGGUGUUGAACACGGAAGGGAUCAACCUGCCCGAGCUGUUCAAGUACGCCGAGGUCCUGGACCUGCGCCGCCUCUACUCCAACGACAUCCACGCCAUGGCCAGCACUUACGGCAUCGAGGCGGCGCUGCGGGUGAUCGAAAAGGAGAUCAAGGACGUGUUUGCUGUGUACGGCAUUGCGGUUGAUCCGCGCCACCUCUCCCUGGUCGCUGACUACAUGUGCUUCGAGGGCGUUUACAAGCCGCUGAACCGCUUUGGGAUCCGGUCGAACUCCUCCCCUCUGCAGCAGAUGACGUUUGAGACCAGCUUCCAGUUUCUGAAGCAGGCCACCAUGAUGGGUUCCCACGACGAGCUGCGGUCCCCUUCCGCCUGCCUGGUGGUCGGGAAAGUCGUGAAGGGCGGCACAGGCCUCUUUGAGCUCAAGCAGCCGCUGAGAUAAGCGGCCCCUUAGCCCUGGACCUUGGGCCAGGAGGACCUGCAUGGGAGCCUGGCCCACCCCUCACAGGGAGCCAGUGGAGGUGCUGGGCAGAUGGGACUCCGAGGGCAGUGUGGGACAGGCUUCAGAAAGUGCCUGCCUUGGGACCAGACUGGCGUCACCCGGGACAAUCACCAGACAGUCCAUCCACAGGAUCCAAGACCCCAUCUGAGGCCCUCCACUCAGGUUGGGCACUGAUGCCAGGGGUGGCAGCCGUGACUGCAGGGAAGACUCGGGGGCUUCCCAUCUGCAGCCCUGACCCCUCCCCCGUAUCUGUGCCUGGGGCGGUGCCCUUCCUAAGUGUCCUUCCAGAUCAGGUCAGCCCUGGGCCAGGCCGGGGUGGUCACACCACACUGCCAGCCGGUCUCUGUCUGGGCUGGGCUGGGCUGCUGGAAAGUGUCUGCCCGCUCCACCACAACCCCCACCCCACCCAGUCUCACACCAGUGUGUGGUGCAGCACCACUGCAGUCGGGCCCACAAAAAUGGUGUUCCUCCGGAGCCGUCUCUAGCUUUGUCUGAUGUUGCUCCAGCUCAGGCUGAGUAGCACCCUUCACUGAGAGCGUCAGGAAGGAGGGAACAAACAGGGUGGGGGUGAGGUGUUCAUUACUGGCCCUGGUCGGCAGCUUCUGCACCUUCAAGUUGAGUUGAGCGCCUACGGCUGGGUUUCUCAACUGACGUGCGGACUCAUCCUGGUUGUGGGCCCCUCACAAGUGUUGGGGUGGGGGCUCAGCUUCUGCAGCCCUCAUCUCACUACCUAGGUGGUCCCUGCAGUGCCCACCUUCCCAGCCUUCUCUGGCCCAGGGUCAGAAAGACAGUGGGUGGGGAGUGUGGCUGUGCUGGCCUUAGUGUGUCCCAGGAAGGGCUGCUGCCCAUGACUUCGGUCUGGGGGGGUAAGAGAAGAGACCUUGCCAGGUGGCCAGUGACCAGGCCACCUGCUCCAGACUCUGGUUUGCUCCUCUGUCCACGGUGGGGGUGGGGGGUGCCUGUGACAGGGACUGCUUGGUGCACCGGCUGGAAUGGGGGUGAAGGGCAGGUACGCUGCCGAGUGUGAGUGCUCUGAGACACACAUUGCGCACCAGUAUUUCAGCCUCGGGUUUCUUGGGAAGCUGGUGUCCCUGCUAAAGCCACCUGCCCUCACUGCCCCCGUCUGACCACGUGAUUACCUGAGCACGUGCUCUUGGGACGAGCAGAAGACAGAACAGGUGAUUUUCAAGCCCCCGGUCCAGAGCUUGCACAGUGAUCAAGCCAUGACUCUCGGAUAAUGUGCUCAUUCUGCUCCCGUCUCUCAGAGUGGCUGCCUGGGAGUUUGAAGACCUCCCAGCCUCGGGGUUGUAAAUGAUUCUUGGCCGAGGGUUGUGCUCCAGUUGGGGGUUGGGGGUGUGGGGAGCCACAAGACAGCUCUUCAGAUGACCCUAUGCUAUUCAAGAUGAUUUUUGGUCAAAACAGAAUGGAGUGUUCGUCUGCGGAGAUUCGCAACCUCAGGAGCUGUGAACUCUUAGCCAGCCCCCGCCCUUGGGCCCGCUCCUGUCGCCUGUUAACGAGGCAGCAUCCAUCAUGCCUGCUCAUUGGCUGUUUAAGAUCCAGGACUGUAAAAUCCCUGGGCUGUUCCCCCCACAGGCACCACCAGCAGGGAGCCUGUGACUCCCUUUUCAGUAAACAAGACUCGGGAAUAGAGCAAGCGCCCUGUCAGGCUCCCAGUCUGGGAAUCUGGGACCCUCAGUUUCUCGCAGACGCCCACCCGCCCCUACAUACGUUUGCCGUUGGCCCUCUCGGAGCUUUGUGGGCUGUUUUAAACCAUUUAAAUAAACUACGUGCAACCUGA